CCCGGGGCAGCUGCAGCUCCGGCCGUGCAGUGCCAGGCUCGCGGCUGUGGGCACCCAGCUGCGAGUGGGAGGUAACCUGGAGUUCUCAAAAUGUUUGCCAAGGCAACAAAGAAUUUCCUCAAAGAAGUUGAUGAUGGAGGAAACCUUAUCGCAGUGUCAAGCCUGAAUGACUCCGAUAAGUUACAACUUCUAAGUCUGGUGGUCAAAAAAAACAGAUUCUGGUGCUGGCAGAGACCCAAAUACCAGCUUUUAUCCGUCAGCCUGGGAGACGUGCUCACAGAAGGCCAAUUUCUGAGUCCAGUGGUUGUGGAAUCGGACUUUGUGAAAUACGAGGGCAAGUUUGAAAACCAUGUGAGUGGGAGCAUCGAGACGGCCCUGGGGAAGGUGACGCUGAAUGCCGGCAGCAAAGGCCUGGUGGAGACUCAGUCUUCGUUUGGGACCCUGAGGAAGCAGGAGGUGGACCUGCAGCAGCUCCUCAGAGACGCUGUGGAGAGGACGAUAAAUCUGAAAAGCCCUCUGCUGCAGCAGGUGUUGGAGAGGAGGAACGAAGUCCUGUGUGUCCUGACAGAGAAGAUAGUGACGACGCAGAAGUGUGUGGUAUCGGAGCACAUCCAGGUCCAGGAGAAGUGUGGCGGCAUGGUGGGGAUCCGAACCAAGACCGUGCAGGUGUCAGCUAUGGAAGACGGGACCACCACCAAGGACACCAACGUGGUGCUGGAGAUCCCCGCUUCGACCACCAUCGCCUACAGUGUCCUCGAGUUGUACGUGAAGCUGGACGGCCAGUUCGAAUUCUGCCUCCUACGAGGGAAGUGCGGCGGCUUUGAGCUCGAGAGGAGUGACCUGGUCUUCCUGGAACCCCUGCCCUUCAGAGAGUUUGCAUUUAGGGACAUGCCGGAUGCUGGGCAGGGACCAUCUGCCCCAGAUGAACCACUGAGUGUUUUAAAACAAGUGACGCUGCCCCUGGAGAGGGCUUUCCAUCCCUUUGGACGGCUGCCAGAGCAGGAGCAGACAGCGCUGAGUGGUGUCCUUCAGGUGGUCCUGUUUGAUGAGGAGUUGCUCGUGGUCCUGGAACAAGUGUGUGAUGACAUGGUCAGCGGCCUGCCGCCCCCACUGGCAGUACUUGGGGAGCUGAAGCCUCUCCAGAGGCAGAACCUCACGGCCUUCCUGCAGCUGGUGGGGUGCAGCAUGCAGGGCGAGUGUCCAGGCCCACAGGGUGUGGUCAGCAACCAGAAGCUCUUUGCUACGGCCUACUUCUUGGUCAGUGCACUAGCAGAAAUGCCAGAUAAUGCAGCAGCUCUGCUGGGCACCUGCUGUAAACUCCAGAUUAUUCCUACGCUGUGUCACUUGCUCCACGCACUGUCCACCGGUGGAGACCCUGAUCUUGGAGACACAGCCCUGGCCCCUCUGAGAGACACAGAACAGUUUGGGAUCGUGCAGCGCCUGCUUGCCACAGCCAACGUUACCCUGGAGAGACGACAGUCCUCUGUAAAAGCCGUCACCUGCCAAGUCCCUAACAUUUCCCCACUCAUUCUUUAUAUAAGCCUGAGUGGGCUCCAUGCUUUAGGCAGAGCACGUCAAUGA